AUGUGCUUACAACAGCAGCAUCUCUUCAUAUCUAUCUAUCUAUCCCAGUCUCUUCAUAUCUAUCUAUCUAUCUAUCCCAGUCUCUUCAUAUCUAUCUAUCUAUCUAUCCCAGUCUCUUCAUAUCUAUCUAUCUAUCUAUCUAUCUAUCUAUCCCAGACUCUUCAUAUCUAUCUAUCUAUCUAUCCCAGUCUCUUCAUAUCUAUCUAUCUAUCCCAGUCUCUUCAUAUCUACCUGUCUAUCUAUCUAACCCGGUCUCUAUUCCUAUAUCUAUCUAUAUCUUUGCCAAUCUCUUCAUAUCUAUCUAUAUCUAUUCCUUCUCUUCAUAUCUAUCUAUGUAUGUAUCUAUCUUACUGUUUCUUCAUAUAUAUCUCACUAUCUUACCCUGUCUCUUCAUAUCUUUCUAUCUAUCUUACCCAGUUUCUUUCUAUCUAUUUUACUCUGUCUCUCAAUAUCUAUCUGUAUCUAUCUAUUUCUCUUAGCCUUUCCUUACCAGUCUGCAUCUCUCUCAGUCAAGUCUGUUUAUAUCUAUAUCCCCUUAUUUUAAUAAUUCCAUGUUUCUCCCUGUCAUUGGCUCAGAGUCCAGUCAUUGGUCAUUCCUCCUACCAAAUACCUGAAAGCAACUCUCGGAUUGGACAUCCAUUUUUGGUACCAGGACAAUCAGCAAUCGUGACUCAUUGUCUGCAUUGGUCAUUCACUUAUAAAUUCACUUUGUUGCCAUUAAUAUGGACCAGCAUUUGGGAGAUUUCUCCCCUUCAGUCUUUCUGGCCAUCGACUCAUUAUAUUGCGUAUAAAACUACAGCAUAG